AUGUCUUCUGACAAAGAAGCCGCCCCUGUGUCUACCCUCGAGCCUGUUCCAAUUCGCGACGAAAAGAUGGCCGUCCGCGAGACAGCCUCCGACGAAGAAGAGCGGUACCUUGGAAAUGAAGCUUCCGCCUCCUCCUCUCGCCCAAGGCGAGAACCCCCGGAGCUUAUCCAGAAGAUGACAAUACAUGAACGCGCCGCCGCAGAGCAACGUCUGGUCCGCAAAAUCGAUCUCUGCAUACUGCCCACCCUAAUUCUCAUGUACAUUAUGAACUACUUGGACCGAAACAACAUUGCUGCAGCUCGAUUGGCUGGUUUGGAAGAUCCAAUAUCAAAGGGUGGAUUGGACUUGUCGAGCACGCAAUACCUGACGGCGUUGAGUAUACUCUUCGUUGGCUACCUGCUCAUGCAGAUACCGUCCAACCUCUUUCUCAACAAGAUUGGGAAGCCCAGGCUAUACCUCCCAACAUGCAUGAUCAUAUGGGGUGUGAUAUCUGCAGCAACAGCAGGCGCACAGUCCUAUGGCGGAUUGAUAGCAAUUCGAUUCUUCCUUGGUUUUGUAGAAGCAGCUUACUUCCCUGGCUGCCUCUUCUUCCUCUCUUCAUGGUACACGAGAAAGGAAUUGGGCUUUCGCACCGCCCUCUUAUAUUCUGGUAGUUUGCUAUCUGGCGCGUUCUCGGGCUUGAUAUCAGCGGGUAUCACCAAUGAUCUGGACGGCGCAAAAGGUCUGCGCGCUUGGAGAUGGCUUUUCAUCAUUGAAGGGGUGAUUACGAUCUUCAUUGCCUUCGCAGCGUACUUCGUCCUGCCAAAUUUUCCGCGCACGACGAGUUGGUUGACGGAAGAAGAACGACAGUUGGCAAUAUGGCGGCUUGACGAAGAUAUCGGUGAAGAUGACUGGGUGGGCAGCACGCAGCAGACUUUCUUUCAUGGAAUGAAACUCGCCUUCCAAGAUAUCAAAAUGUGGAAUCUGGUACCUUCGCCCUCAAUUCUUCCUCAUUUGCCCUUACUAACAAAGCCUCAGAUGGUCCUCCUCUUUUGCUUCGUAGCAUCUGGCACCGUAACAAACCUCUUCCCUACCAUCGUUGGCACCCUCGGCUAUUCCGACGUCGUCUCUCUCCUAUUGACCGUCCCUCCUUACGCCCUUGCUGUCAUCACAACAUUCCUCAACUCCUGGCACGCGGACCGCACAGGCGAGCGCUACUUCCACAUCACUGUCCCCUUGUACUUCUCUGUCAUCGCUUACAUCAUCGCCGCUACAACAACAGCAGUCGGACCAAGGUACUUCGCAAUGAUGCUCAUGCCCGCCGGAGUGUACACAGGCUACGUAGUCGCGCUGGCCUGGAUAUCGAACACUUUACCUAGACCACCGAGUAAGCGGGCGGCGGCACUAGCGGCCAUCAACGCUGUGAGUAAUGCGAGCUCGAUCUAUGCGAGUUAUAUGUACCCCGAAUCUGCGGGUCCGCGUUAUAUUGUUGCUAUGUCUGUUAAUUGCGCUACGUCGGUCAUCGCGAUCAUUGCGGCGACGGUAUUGAGAUUUACGUUGGUAAGUCUAAAUAAGAAGUUGGAUCGGGGUGAGCCCGUUAAGGGGGCUGUGAGUGUUGGGGAGGCGAUUCCAGGGUUGGCGAAGGAGAGGGGGUUUAGGUUUGUGCUGUAG